AUGCGGGUGCCGAAACGAAUCGCUGCUGCCGCCGUACAUCAUCAGCGGAUCGCCAAGGCCAGGGCCGACCACGAUGCAGAGGUGGAGGGAGUACUGGAGCCCGAGUCACAACCCUUCCAUGUCCUCAUCUUCAAGAAGAACGACGAGGACGAGGAUGGUUUCCUAGACAUGAGUCAAGUGAAGGUUGCUCUAUCUGAACUGGCCCUGGACGACGAGCAGCAGAAGGUGGCCGAGAUGAAGUUCUCAGAGCAUGAAGAGGCGCUGGUCUCGCUCGAGACGUGGGAGAAAGUGUUGCUCGCCACCUUCUCCAACCUUGUCCUCGAGAACGAUGCUGAAGAGCAAGAGCUGUUGAGAGAGAGGUUUGCAAUUGCUGGAGGGUUUCUCAUCAAGCCGGAGGACAAGAUCGAAGACAUUGCAGCCAAGUUCCGCAAGCGCAAAGUCCGCGAGUUUUACCUAUAUCUGCUUUUCUGCAUGUUCUUCACAAGGCCAGUGGAGCAGAUGUUUGACCUUUCCAAACAAUCCUUGGACGGGACUGUGUUUGGAUGCUCGUUCCCAAUCACUACGUACUUUAAGGGGUUCAAUGACAUUGGGGCCACCGAGGAUUUCUGGGUAUGGAUGGUGCAGUACCUGUACACGUUCAAUUGGUACAAUGGAUCGGAGUUCUUGCCAGAUUUUCAGGGGACGAAGUGGAGAUACCUGUACGACAAUGUCGUCAUUCAGAAACCGCGAUUGAGACAGAUACGAGUCCUCCCUGUCGUAAUCAAAAGGUUCAACCCCAACCAAGACGGCUCUGACAUCUGCUAUCCCUCCUACACUUCCGGCGAUGUAGACACUUCUCCUUGGUUUGGUGUGGAGCUGGACAGCGAGGGGCAAGUGCGUGACACGGUCGUCGAAUAUCAGACAAGCCAGCAGUUGAAGACUGCGAGUUACACUCCGCCAAAGAUGAGCGGGAAGACGAUCGCCUACGAGGGAGGAGGGCACGUGAUUGACUUUCCCCUCAACGCAACGAGUCAACAGUUUCAGGCCAUGAUGCAGAGACUGAAGGCGAGAGGAUGGACAGACCGAAGGACGCGAGUUGUCUUCUUUGAUCAGGUCAUCUACAACGCAGAGUUGAACUCCUUCGUCUCCAUCAGAGCAAGUUUUGAGUUCAACCCGUGGGGUGAUGUUGUCCUCCUCAUUCUCGACAUCGCUGUGUACACGUUUGUCAUCGUCUCAGCUAUCAGCACGCUCAUCAAACUCUGGAAAUUGAGAUGGAAAUUCUUUCACUCCCUCUUGAAUCAACUCGACAUUGUCAACUACUUCUUUUUCCUCAUCACGGGAUAUUACAAGAUCAAUCUCUACAUGUCAACUUAUUCCCUCCUGUCUGUUGCACCGAAACCUGAAGAUCCGCCGCGCGACUUCGAGAGCUUCGGAUGGACUUAUGCGCAAAUAGGAAAUUGGAAUGGAUUCAACAGUCUGAUCACUUGGUCAAAAGCCCUGGUCUACCUCGGUUUGCUCCAUCAUGUUAGUCUUUUCUUGGAACCUAGGGAGAGGACAGGAAGCGACCACAGCAAGAAGGAUGGGGAUGGGAUGAUAAUGAGACACAGGGAGAUGAACGAGGAAGGGGAGGCAGAGGAGGAACCGUCCUUCAACAUGCUUCUUCGGGUCAUCUCGGAGAGCUCGAAGAAUGUGUCCAUCUUCUCUCUCAUGUUCUUGAUCGUCCUCUGGGCCUACGCGCAGACACUUUACGUUUGCUUCGGGACAGACAUUGUGAGGGCUGUCAACCAGUACCUCGGACCCCUCGUCUCCUUCAGCUUCCUCUUCAUCUGCCUCUUCUUCAUGCUUAACACCUUCCUUGCGCUCAUCAUGAAGAGCUAUCAGGAGGUGUCCAAGAUCAAGGACGAAGACUCGCUGUCCAAGGAGUUUGCAAAGGGCAUCUUUCCGUUCUUGAACUCAAUUUCUGCAAGGCUCAAGGGGCUAGCCAAGAAAAACAAAGUCAAUGACGAAAACUCCAAGGAUCCCAAGGACAGCACAGGGACGAAAGACAAGAAGCAAGCAUGGCCGGAGAACGACGGGAAGGACCAGCAGGCACAACAGUCGACCUUACCACCGUCAAACGCUUCCAAACCCUCCACGGCACAGGGGAAGCCUGACCCAAAGCUUCUGCUUACGAGACAGAGGACCAUGUACCGAAGGGAGGACGAUCUGGUCGAAGUUCCUUUGGAGGCUCUACAGCAACUCACUGUGUCCCUGAACGAUCUCCAGGGGAAGGUCAAGAGCCUUUCGGAUCGUGUCAGGACCGCUGAAUGUGCCUUUCUUGGGAAGAAGAUCUGA